AUGGGAAAUGAUUACUUUCUUGUUGCCGGCGUGCCCAUCCUGCUGACCGGCUUUGCGCUCCUCCAAUCAGUCAUUUACCAGCUGUACUGGACAGAGGAGUCUCUGACCGACAAUACUACCGCAUGGUCUCGACACACGGACACGUCGCGCCGCCUCGUGGCGGCAAUAGAGCUGAUUUGGGUCGCCAUCUAUUGUGUGAAGUUCUGCUACCUCGCCCAAUUCAAGUUCUAUAAGCCGCCCUAUGCGUACGUUGAUGCGGCUUUAACUAGACACUAUUGGGCAGUCGUUGGUCUCUGUAGCGUCGGUUUCUUGUUCACACUUGUGCAACCCAUUGUACUCUGCACUACAAGAGGGAAAUGUCGCUACAUCGAUGGCUUAGAUACCAGGUCUUGGGAAAUUGCCGUCACUGUUAUCGACAUUGUGACCGACGUCCUAGUUAUGUCCAUACCCAUGUUGCUUGUUCAUAUGGCCAACCACGUUCGCCCUUACACUAUUGCGAAUUUCGUCUUCAAGAGCCUGUCCAUCUUCAGCGUCGUGGUAGCUGCAACUCGCCUAGCGCUCCAGUACGACUCCACAGUUGGCCGCAUCCGAUACGUGUCGGUCACAUUUUUGCUAGUUAUUGAGGCAACUAUCGCGCUCAUCAUGGUCAGCAUUUCUGGUUAUCGAGUCGUGUUCUUAGACUUUUUGUCGGAGUGGGAGCGAAGGAAAACAACUCAUUCCACGCGCCUAACGGUGCGCCAGGGGCGCCAUCGGACAGCGACAGCGGCUGGCGGAGGCGGAGGCGAAGCGGACAACGCCAAGCCGUCCCAACCACGAGCCGGCUCGCUGUCAGACCUGCCCAUACUGUCGACCACGUGA